AUGGGAGAACAUACACCGUCCAGAAGAGAUAAAAAAAAAAAGAAAAAAAAAGAACUGAUCCACCUGCCGCGAUGCGGAGCCACCUGUUAUUACGCUUUUCUUCUGACGAUUGCAACCGGUGGCACAGGAAAAGUACUUGUAAACAUUGUAUAAAUAUAUAUACAAAAAGGAAUUUCAAAACUUUAAUAAACCAAAGUUUCUCAAGAACAUAUACUUCAAAUAUAAGUACAAAUCAAUAUAAAAACAAUUCUUGGUACUCAUUUGUGAAACGGAGAAAGUGGUUUAUUUCUUUUGGAAUAGGAGUAUCAUUAUUAACAGCAAUACAAUGGAGACAUUUGGAAAAAUAUCAAUAUACAACUGAGGACAGCAAUGUGUAUGACUCGAUCAAUGUUUUUGUGGUACAGAUUUUUAUUAUAACAAUUGUGCGAUUUAUUAUAUCUGAAUUGAAUGAAAUAAAAUAUGGGGUUGGCUUGCCAAUUUGGAAUUGCCGGUUAGUUUAAGACCCACCUUAUAUGGAUUUUAUGCAAGAGCAUUUAAUGUUAAUUUAGAUGAAAUUGAUAUAGAAUUAUCAGAUUUUCCAAGUCUUUCUGACUUUUUUGUUAGACCGCUGAAAUAUGGUACAAGACCUAUUGAUAAAACCACAAAUAUAGUUUCACCAGCUGAUGGGAAAAUAUUAUAUUUUGGACCAGUGACUUCAUGUCGUGUACAACAAGUAAAGGGUGUUACAUAUAAUCUUAGGCACUUCUUAGGUGAUAUAAAUGUAUCUUCUUCUGAUCACCCUAAAUUUUCAAAGGAAGAUGAUGAUGUUUAUAUAAAAUCUCUUUUAAAAGAUCCAAUGAAUCAGCUCUAUCAACUAACAGUUUAUCUUGCUCCAGGAAACUAUCAUAGAUUUCAUAGUUCAAGCGAUUGGGAAAUAAAAUUUCGUAGACAUUUUCAAGGGAAACUCUUAAGUGUUAAUCCCAAAAUAGCGCAAUAUCUACCAGAUUUAUUUUCAUUAAAUGAACGUGUAAUAUAUAUUGGUAAAUGGGCAAGUGGUUUUAUGGCUUAUAGUGCAGUUGGGGCUACAAAUGUAGGUUCUAUAAAAGUUUACUGUGAUAAAGAUUUACAUACAAACGCUUUUAAAUGGCCUGACGCAAAGCGCUGGAAAGAUGCUAAUUUGGGUUGUACACAUCUAAAUAAAGGAGAAUUAUUUGGUGAAUUUAGAAUGGGAUCUACAAUUGUGUUAUUAUUUGAGGCUCCAAAAGAUUUUAAAUUUCGCGUGAAAGUAGGUCAAACAAUAAAAAUGGGUCAAGCUUUAAGCGAGCGUGUUUCUGAAAUUGAAGAGAAACGAAAUGAACAUUCAUUAUGACAAUUAAUAAAGCACGUAACGUUUGACUGGAAAUAUGUUUGGAGAAUAGAUACAUAAGUUUUAAAAAAUUAAUUCGCUAACAUUGUUAUACUAAAAAUUUAUUUUUUAUGACAUUAUUGUUAUCUCAAAUAGACUUCAAUAUACCCCUGUGAAAGAAAUCGUAAUGAAUAUUUUACAUAUUACACAAUUUGUUAAAUUUUUUUUAAAAUUUAUAUUUUACGAAAUUUUAAUGAAUUCACAAGCAAAUUAUGAUUUAAUAAAUAAAUGAAAUUUAAUAAAUAAUCAUUAAUAAUUGUUAUUUAAUAUAAAAAUUAAAAAGAAAUUGAAUUAUUGUGUACAUGUAUAAAUACUCG